UACUGCUGUAUUAUACUCCGUACAGCGUUACUACUGUAUUAUACUCCGUUACCACAACUAACACCUCCGUUGUGCUACGAUGGAGAAGAUCGUCCGUUCAAGAAACGAGGACGGGACUGUUUUCUCAACCUUUACAUUUGUGUCUUUCAGUCACUUAACCAAGAGCUGGUUGAAGCCGCUACCCAGCAGGCUCCCAGCAAGGAGAUGCAGUAUCUCAGGAGAGCCCUGAUGGACGUCCAGAAACAGAACUUUGAGCACGCCGCUGAAACCGCUGCCCUGAGGGAGCAGAUGGCCGCCAAGGAGUCCAGCUGGGAAGAGGAGAAGAUGAGGAUCCUGAAGGCUCUCAAGUUAGAGAGACUCAUCAGGGAAGAAGCCCAGAAGGGCCUCAAAGGACAGGAUGAGCACAACCCUGACCUCCAGGUUCAACUCCUCCAGACUCCCAGCAAUCAGCUGAAGGACUCUCACCAGCACAACACUGAGCUGGCCGCCGAAAUCGCUGCCCUGAAGCAGCAGAUGGCCGCCAAGGAGUCCCGCUGGGAGCUGGAGAAGAACAAGAUGCUGACACAGGUUCAGAUCUACCUGCAGAACAAGGAGCAGGAGAAUCAGAAGGUGAUCAACUCUCUCAGGCAAAGUCUUCUUGAAAAGCUGAGUGGAACGAUGAUGGUCAAACAGACUCCCAGCAACCAGCUGAAGGACUCCCACCAGGUCACCGAGCUGGCCGCCGAAAACGCUGCCCUGAGGGAGCAGAUGGCCGCCAAUGAGUCCAGCUGGAAAGACGAGAAGAUGAGGAUCCUGAAGGCUCUCAGGUCAGAGAGACUCAUCAGGAAAGAUGCCCAGAAGGACCUCAAAGGACAGGACAAGCAAAACCCUGACCUCCAGGUUCAACUCCUCCAGACUCCCAGCAACCAGCUGAAGGACUCUCAUCAGCACAACACUGAGCUGGCCGCCGAAAUCGCUGCCCUGAAGCAGCAGAUGGCCGCCAAGGAGUCCCGCUGGGAGCUGGAGAAGAACAAGAUCCGGAUGGCUCAGAGAGCCAUCAAGAUACAGGCUCAGAAACAGGAGGUGACCGACUCUCUCAGCCAAAGUCUGUUUGAAAAGCAGAAUGAGAUCAUGAUAGUCAAACAGACUAUCAGCAACCAGCUGAAGGACUCUCAACAGGUCACUGAGCUGGCCGCCGAAAACGCUGCCCUGAGGGAGCAGAUGGCCGCCAAAGAGUCCGGUUGGGAGCUGGAGAAGAACAAGAUCCUGAUACAGGUUCAGAACGACCUGCAGACCAAGGAGCAGGAGAAACAGGAGGUGACCGACUCUCUCAGUCAAAGUCUGCUUGAAAAGCAGAAUGAGAUUGUGAUGAUCAAACAGCUCUGGACUGAAAAGUGUAUAAAGGCCUGUGAAGCUUGGAAGGAGGAGAACAGGGAGAUCAGAGAGACCUGUGAGAGAGAGCUCCAAUCUGCACUUGAUCAAAAGAAUCUGAUGGUCAAAUCUCUGCAGGACGAGUCGGACAGGAAGGUGAGCCAGGUCGUCCUGGAAAAGGAUGAUCUGAUCACCCGAAUGACGACAGCCAAGAUGGCUCUGGAGGCCGAGUGGACAACGAAACUCGCCGCUCUGGAAGAUCAGACUCUAAAGAACGAGGUCCGGCUGAAGGAGAAGGAGAUGCAGCUCCUCCAGAGCGAGGUCCGGCUGAAGGAGAAGGAGAUGCAGCUCCUCCAGAGCGAGGUCCAGCUGAAGGAGAAGGAGAUGCAGCUCCUCCAGAGCGAGGCCAAGUGGUCAACGAAGCUCGCCCCUCUGGAAGAUCAGAUCCGGCUCCAGACCGACACCACCACAGACCUCCAGGCACAACUCCUCCGCCUCCAGGAGCUCCACCAGAAACUUGACCUGGGAGCACUGCAGAUGACCGCGGAGGAGAUGAAUGCCAAGAAGAAGGAGUUAAAGAAGCUGAUUGUGGAGAAGGAGAAGGAGGAGAAGAGACAGAAGAAAGAGAGGGAGGAAAGAGAGAAGAGAGAGAAGAAGGAGAGUGAGGAAAGAGAGAAGGAGGAGUUGAAAAGUGUGAAGAAGGAAAAGGAGGCUCUGGAGAAAAAAGAGAAGGAGGACUUGAAAAGGGAGAAGAAGGAGAGGAAGGAGAAAGAGAGGAGAGAGAAGUAGCAUCCUUUCUCUCCACAUUCUUCCCCCAUCCCCCUUCUGACCAUCCUGCCCCUUCACCCCCUACACCCCCUACACCUACACC